ACCAGCGUGGUUUUGACACCGUAACGGCUGACAGUCUCCCGCUGAGUCGGCCGCGAUGGAGGCGGUCCCCCGGAUGCCGAUGAUCUGGCUGGAUCUGAAGGAGGCUGGGGAGUUCCAGUUCAGCCCGUCCGUCAGGCAGUUCAUCUUGAAAAAUUAUGGAGAGAAUCCUGACAACUACAAUGAACAGCUGAAGAAACUGGAGACACUGCGGCAGAGUGCUGUAAAUGUGACGAGGGAUUUCGAGGGAUGCAGCACACUGAGGAAGUACUUUGGCCAGCUGCAUUACCUCCAGAGCCGAGUACCCAUGGGAACGGGCCAGGAGGCUGCUGUACCCAUAUCAUGGACUGAAAUUUUCUCUGGGAAAACAGUCACCCACGAUGACAUCAGCUAUGAGCAAGCCUGCAUCCUCUACAAUCUUGGGGCCCUGCACUCCAUGCUGGGAGCCAUGGAUAACAGGGUAUCUGAGGAGGGGAUGAAGGUGUCGUGCACACACUUCCAGUGCUCGGCGGGGGCUUUCUCCUACCUGAGAGACCAUUUCAGCCACAACUUCAGUGUGGACAUGAGCCACCAGAUACUUAACCUCAACAUCAACCUUAUGCUGGGCCAGGCUCAGGAGUGUCUUCUGGAGAAGUCCAUGUUGGACAACAGGAAGAGUUUUCUUGUUGCUCGCAUCAGCGCUCAGGUGGUGGAUUACUAUAAAGAAGCCUGCAGGGCUCUGGAGAACUCGGAGACGGCAUCAAUGCUGGGAAAGAUUCAGAAAGACUGGAAGAAACUGGUUCAGAUGAAGAUCUACUACUUUGCUGCGAUUGCACAUCUUCAUAUGGGAAAACAAGCUGAGGAGCAGCAGAAGUACGGCGAGCGGUUGGCGUACCUGCAGAGCUCCUUGGACAAGCUCAAUGAAGCCAUCAAACUGGCCAAGGGUCAACCUGACAGUGUGCAAGAAGCCUUGAGAUUCACCAUGGACAUUAUUGGGGGAAAGUUUAACUCAGCCAAAAAGGACAAUGACUUCAUCUAUCAUGAGACGGUUCCGUCCCUGGAGACUCUGGCCUCAGUCAAAGGUGCCCCGCUGGUGAAAGCUCUUCCAGUUAAUCCCACAGACCCCAGUGUUACUGGACCAGACCUGUUUGCCAAGUUGGUGCCAAUGGCUGCCCACGAAGCCUCGUCGCUCUACAGUGAGGAGAAGGCCAAGCUGCUCAGGGACGUCAUGGCCAAGAUUGAGAGCAAGAAUGAAACUCUAGAGCAGUUCAUGGACUCUCUGGGCUUGGAGCCGGAGUCAGUGGACAACCUGGACAUGUACAGCCACAUCCCUCCAGUCCUGAUGGAGAAGUGUGCUGCUCUCAGUGUCCGCCCAGACACCGUCAAGAACCUCAUCCAGUCCAUGCAGGGGCUGUCGGGUGUCUUCACUGACGUGGAGUCUUCACUGAAAGAGAUCAGAGACGUGCUAGAGGCAGACGAGGUGGGCGAACGAGCCCUCCAGGAGGUGGGCGGUCCAGCUGCAGGCGAGGUGCAUUCAGCCACGCAGGCCCAGGCUCUCAGCGAGAUCCGCAGGGACUUGGAGAAAUACAUGGAGGCCCAUGAGAAGGCCAGUUUCACCAACACAGAGCUCCACCGGGCCAUGAACCUCCAUAUCAGCAAUCUGCGUCUGCUGGGGGGACCACUGGAAAGCUUGAAAGAGGCGCUGCCGCGGCCCCAACUCAGCGAAGAUGAAGUGGCAGGCCUGCAGUGCAUGAAGCGAAUCCUAGGAAAAGUGCAGGAAAUGAGGGAACAGAGAAACUCUUUGGAGAAACAGCUCCGUGACCUAAUUCAGCAGGAUGACAUCACCUCCACCCUUGUCACCACAGAGAGGGCAGACAUGAAGCGCAUAUUUGAGGAACAGCUGAAGAAGUAUGAGCAGGUGAAGGUGUACAUUGACCAGAACCUGGCAGCUCAGGAGAACAUCCUGAAGGCCCUGACGGAGGCCAACGUCCAGUACGCCUUGGUUCGUAAGAGCCUGAGCCAGACUGAGCAGCAGUGGAACAGCACUGUGCAGGGACUCGUGGGCUCGUACGAAGCCUACGAGGACCUGAUAAAGAAGUCACAGGAGGGGAAGGAGUUCUACGAUGACCUGGAAGCCAAAGCAUCACGCCUGCUGGAGAGAGCGAAGACCCUGUGUCAGACAAGGGCAGAGGAGAGAAAGCCCGUCCUGGAAAAAGAGACCCAGAAGAAAGCUCCAGCACGGCCCACAGCAGCUAAGCCCUCUUUGAAGCCAAAGGCAUCGGAUGUUGACCCUGCUUGCUCUAGCCUGGAGGACCCAGAAUUGGCCCAGCUUAGUGCAGCCAUCCUGGCCUUGGGGGGUGACCUACCUGAGGAACUCCGUAGCCUCCCCCCUGACAUUCCUUCGUUCCCCUCCACUGCAGCUCGUUUGCCUGGUCCUGAAGCCUUCAUCCCCCCUAAUGCUAAUCUGGGCGGCAGCAGCUCUCUGCCUUGGCCUGCCGCUUCAGCUGCUGGUCUUCCUCGCUUCCCUGCCAACCUGCCUCCUCCAGAGCUCCUAGCACGAAUAGCUCAGUUUCCUACAUCUGGGGCUUUAGCAUCACAGGGAGCACUGCCACGGGGACCCCUCCCUCAGAUGACUCCACAGAUGCCUCCACAGUUACCAACACAAGCAGGUUAUCGACCACCCCCUCCUCAUGCCCCCCAACCUGGACCCGUUGCCCCUGCCGCAGUCCGGCCAUCAACCACGACUGUGGAUAGCAUCCAGGCCCCUAUUCCGAGCUACGCCCCUACACCACACCACCCUGUCCUGCCUGCAUCCUCAGCUGGCUACAGUGUACCCCCAGAGAUGGGAGCCUACCCCCACUUCAUGCCCCAGUCAGGGAUGCCCAUUCACGGUCCAGCCCAAACUCCAACACCCCAACCACAGCAGCAGAAGCAGCCACAGUCGCAGCAGUACCCUCAGACAAUUGGGCAGCCACUGCCUCAAGGAUAUCAGCCUGGACCGAGGUCUAUUCCUGGCCCCCAUCGUCCUCUCCAGGCCCAGCAAGGCUACCCACAUGGAUAUAUGACCCACCAGCCUGGUGUUCCUCCCCACUACCAGCAGGCAUUCCCAGGUCAGCUGCAGCCCCAUCAGCAAAAUGGCUAUCAGCCCCGUCCUCAGAUACCCCAAGGCUACCAGAUUCCACAGGGUUAUGUACCCCAGCAGCACCCUCAGAUGAUGCCAGGCUCCAUGCCAAGGCCACCUCAGGGCCAGAUGCCACCUCAAACCGCACAUCCGCAAAUACCCCCAUCCUCUCAGGCAGCACCUCCUGCGUCUCAGCCAUACCUGCCGCAUCCCAACCAACAGAUGCCCCCUCGACUCCCACACCAACACAUGUUGCCCCAGCAGCAACAAAUCUCAGUGCCUCCUAACGCACAGCAGAUUCCACCCCAUCCACACAUGCAGAUACCAGGUGGCCCCAGAGCACAAAUGCCCCCAACAAGUCAGCCAAUGCCUCCAGUCUCACAGAACUACAUGCCUCCAACUAGCCAGCCAAUUCACCCAACCCUGCACCCACAGAUGCCUCCUGCCUCACAACCUCAUAUGGUCCCCGGUCCUCAGGUCCACCUGCCAAGGGGCCCUAUGCCGCAGAUGCCCUCCAGUACACUACCUUCACAACAUCACUCUCACCCCGGACAGCCUCCUAUACCAAACAUGUCCCAGCAGCCCAUGCAGAUGCCCAGCCAAGCCCAGGCUCAGCCGCCUCAUUCCGGUGCAGUGUGCUACCCUGGAGGUGCUCCAGUGAUGCCUCAGCAGCCCCUGGCACCACAGCCUGCAGCUCCCCAGCAACCUCAGGCUCCUCUUCCAAUGACCCAUCCACCCUCUACUAUGUACGCUGCAGCACCAGGAGCUAAUGUGCCUCCAAGUGCCCCACAACAACCCACUGCCAUGGGUCCACAUGGUCCACAUGUCCCCCCUGUUCAUCACAUGACCCAGUCAUCCCCUGGAGGUCCUUCAGUGGCUCAGCCACCCAACACUGUCCCUCCUUCACCUUCACCUUCACCGUCCCCAUCUCCCUCUCCAGGUCCUUCCUCUUUAGGUCUGAACCCUCAGCAGAGACCCACACCAACUCCCACCCCUGGAGGCACAGCUACUCCCACUCUUCCCUCUCCCUCUACUGUUUCUCCCUCCACAUCGCUGUUUCAGCGGCAGAACUCAAGCACAGAUGACCUACUCUCUUCGAGCCCCGAGAGCCAACCUGGAGGAACCAAGGCCCCCACCAAUGUCCUCCAACCCACCAAAGCAGACCCCCAGGAUGGGGAGCGUCGAAAGAAGAGCUCCCAGGGAGUUCUCCUGAUCCAGGGCGACCCAUACCAAGCUCCAGAGCGCGUUGCCCGUCUUCAUGGUGAACUGGAACGUUAUAAAGCCCAGGUAGAUUCCCUGGAGCACCCGUCAGAGAACGAGGGUGGCUUGUCAGUGCUAGAUGCCCGUUGGAAAGAGCUACAGGACCAGCAGGAGAAGGACGCUCGCCAACUCUCCAUUGCUAUUGCUCGCUGCUAUACCAUGAAGAAUCGUCACCAGGAUGUCAUGCCCUACGACCUCAACCGUGUGGUGCUUCAGUCUGGCAAAGACGACUACAUCAAUGCCAGCUAUGUAGAAGACUUGUCACCAUACUGCCCACGCCUUAUUGCCACUCAGGCUCCACUCACUGGCACAGCAGCAGACUUCUGGCUGAUGGUGUAUGAGCAGAAGGUGUCACUGAUAGUCAUGCUGGUUUCAGAGCAGGAGCUGGAAAAGGGAAAGGUUGUGCGCUACUUCCCAACAGAGCGCGGUCAGCAGCUCUCUCAGGGACCAAUCACGCUUGGCCUAACCACGCAGAAGACAACACCGACACAUGUAGAGCGCAUGAUCAGCCUGCAGUACCGCGACCAAAGCCUGAAGCGCACUGUCGUCCAUCUUCAGUUCACUUCCUGGCCGGAGCUGGGUCUUCCUGACAGCAAGAGCAACCUGUUGCGGUUCAUCCAGGAGGUCCAUGGACACUACCUUCACCAGAGGCCCUUACACACACCUGUCGUGGUGCACUGCAGCUCGGGUGUGGGACGCACCGGCGCCUUCUGUCUACUGUAUGCUGCACUGCAGGAGCUGGAGGCAGGAAACGGGAUCCCAGACCUCCCACUGCUGGUGAAGAAGAUGAGACAACAGAGGAAGAACAUGCUGCAGGAGAAGCUCCACCUGAAGUUCUGCUAUGAGGCUGUGUUGAAGCAUGCUGAGCAGGUCCUUCAGCGACACGGCAUCACUACUGCCACCUACAGCAAGAACACCAACUCUGCAGCCGCAAAGCCUUACUCGAGACAGGAGUCCCAGCAGGAUAUUGUCCUUGGCGGUGACCUGCCUAUCAGCUCCAUCCAAGCCACCAUCGCCAAGCUCAGCAUCCGGCCGCCCAGCGCCACGGAUCCAGCCAUGGAGGCUUCUUUUGGCCUGGAGGAGCAAGUCGGUGCUAUCUUACCUGACCUUGACUCGCUGGGUGACAUCCAAGUGCUCCACUACCCCUGUCCCCCCACAGAUCCCCUGCCCCCUUCCUCUUUCAGCCCACCUCUCACCUCCCCAUCCGACUCUGUGCUACCACCACCCAACGGCCUGGAUGCUGUCUCCCCCUGCACGCCACCAGUGGCCAACCAUCAGGCGGUCCCAGAGGUGGCGCCCAGCGUCAGCCCGCCUCCUGCCUCCUCUGCUCCGGCUCCUUCAUCCCUGGAGCUGCUGGCCACGCUAACGCCCGAGGCCUUCUCCAUGGAGGGAGGGGGUAAGGGGAAGCAGCGUGUGACCAAGCAGAGCUUCCUGCAGCCAGCGGACGGUCAGGGUCUCCACGGGACCCGAGGGGAGGAAGGUGACGACCCACUUAGUAGCUUGGACCCCCUCUGGAGCCUCAACAAGCACUGAAAUGAGUCCACAGAUCGCCGUCUCUAUUUCACUUUACCACCAGGUGUCAGCAAAGGCCUGUAGCGCUUUCUUUUAUUAACUCUUUCUCUUUUAAGAAGAGAUAAAACUGAAUCCUGAGUAUGAGACAUUUUAGCGGUGUUGAUUACCAAGACGUGCCUACUGGCAGACGGUUUUGAAGUUAGCAUGGUUUAGGGAUGUGAGAUAACUUAAGACAAACACACUUGCUUCUCUUUCCAUCACUGGUGGCUUGUGGGACCAGAUCACUAUGCACCCGUCUGUACUCCUUUAACUCCUUCUCUCACUCUUUGCCGCUUACCUUUCUUUGUCUUUGAUGGAGGGAUGUCCUGCACUUUCAGCAUCGGAUCUGGACUCCCCCAGAAAUUCCCAGCAUGCACUCCACUUUCAAAGCCCACCCUUCACAAGAGCUUGUCAAGGCAUCUGCAGAGUGUGAUGGUGUUUGGCUGCUCCCUUCUGCGCUGCUCUGAGAUCACAUUAAUGACUGGAACAAUCGAUGCAUGGACUUGCAGGCCAGAGGAGCUGGGUGGAGGUAUUUUCAGGCUCCAAUCCCCUCCCCUCAACUCAAUCAGUGCUCAGUUGUCCUGUUAACACAGAGCAGCAUACAAAUCAGCACAUCUUAACAAGUUGGUUAAUGUUUUUUCCUUCAUCUGUCACACUGUAAAUAUCUUAAAUAAAAUUAGACUAUUGAAAAAAUCCUUCUGGAAACUAAUCACUAAUCAUUCAUUAUUGUAAAAAUAUCAAAUAAAUCCAAUAGGCAGACAACUUUUGUGGUAUCAAAGCCUCUUUAUUUGAAAAUUAGUAAAAAGUUUUGCGCAUUACAAAAUAGUAAAUAAGUUACCUCCACUACUACAGCCUGUGUAGAUUGUAGCCAGCCAAUGAAGGGAGGAGGCUAAAUGGGGGGAAGGAGGAGACUUGGGGAUUUUCAGACUAAACUGUUACAGAAUUUUGUUUCUUCUCCCACAGCUCUGAUUUUCACCUCAGCUGUCUCAACAGUGGAAAACUGAAAGAUACAGAAUCUGAUUUCUACUUGUUUAGUCAGCCGGUGGGAGAUCAGGUGGACCACAAAGCAGGAAAUAGAGUUCUGCAGUUACUGUGAGAAUCAACCUUUCUCUGCUUUAACUACUCAAAGGAUGUCAUGGCUGCAUCCACAAACCUGAUAUGAUACACAGAAAGCCAGAUGAAAAGGUGUGUUGGAAGCUCAGAAGCAACAACAAGCACGGUUUACUGAAAUAAAUCAGGCAGAACCGCAUUUGUUCUGUUGGAUACAGAUAGUCACAAGUCCCCGUGAAACACAACAUUCAGGAGAAGCUAAGAUUCAAGUGAAAUUGCCACACCAACCCUCCGUCCUUAAAGGAACAAGUUCGACAUUUUGGGACAUUUUAUUCACUUUCUGGUGGAGAAUUAGACAAGAGAAGAUCAGUACCACUCUAAUAACGGUCAGUUAUAAAUAUAAGGCUACAGCCAGCAGCAGGUUAGCUUAGCUAGCUUAACAACUGCUAUUCACUCCAGUGAUUUUACAGGAAUAUCAAACGGCUCCGAAUUUUCGCACCUUUUCUGCCUCGAUGCCACGGUGCACGUUUAAGGACACUGGGGCAUAAAUAAGUAGAAGAUAUCUGUGUGUCAGCACCUGUUUGUUACUGCACAUGUGCAAUGUUAUGUAAUGUUUAACUUAAUGCAGGGAAUAAUGAGCCAAUGGAAGAAUGUCAUGGAACCGAUUCUGUUACCAUCAAGCACAGCCACGCUAGCUGCUAAUCCAUUUCCAGCCUUUAUGAUGACUGACUGCUAGCUGGAAAUUAACUGUUAAGAUUAAGAUUAAAUUGAGUGCUAACUCAUAUGUAACCUUCCAUCAGAAACAACAUCAAACCAAUCUCCCAAAAUCUCCAACUUUAAAUCAAAUUCACAUUGCUAGAAAACAGAAGUAAACAAAACAAAGAAAAACAACCCUAGCUACACAUUUUCCCAUUUCUAAAAAGCUUUUUCACUACCAUUUACAACAGAAAACACAAAGCUAAUAAAUUAACAGGUUACAAUGCCAAGGAGGUCACAGGUCUGGUUUCUGUGGGUCAAUUCAAUGCAAAUAAUAACUCAACAUGAGCAGCUGUCCAAACCAUUUUCAGCAGAACAGGAAACACUUGGUCGCCGCAUCCCAGUGACACCAGACCUGCGACCUCGACACAUCUGCAGUGUGCAUGUUAACUAGUGCCGCAGCUGUGAACUCACUUUAGUUAGGUCCACACUUCCUUUAUGUGAGCUAAUGUUCGCCAAAGUGCCUAAUGUGUGUGAGCGUGCGCGUCAGAGAGGGUUAGUAGUGCAGAGAAUUAACGAUGCGAUACCGUAAGGGAUUCAGUCGCCGGUUUUUAACAGAUUUGUUCGUCACACCUUCUUCUGGGACAACAUUCAGUAGACGGCAGAUGAUUGGUGUCUUAGUCUUAAACCUGCAGGACUACAUUCAGCAGGUGUCCACAGUAAAGGGGUGAAGUUCAGGCACUGACUAGCAGGUGAAGCCAAACGACUUUCCUUAUUUUUUAUGAGUGACUUGAAUGUUGUGGAAUAAAACAGGACGUACUAAAGUGUUAAAAGGUAAGUAGACGAGCUGUAAGGGAAUUUAACAGAGACUGCGUGUUGGUAAUUAAUCAUUCUUACUUCACUGAACCAGUCCUACAUCUGAUUGUGACAGUAACAUUAGCACAUCAACAGUAAGAGUGGAUUCUGAUAAA